GGGGUUUAAAAACCAAAUGCUCCUGUGUCCUGUGGGGGGGUCGUCUGGGUGUACUUGGUUAAUAUCUCAUCACCUCUAGAGUUCACACAGAGAGGUCAGUUAAUGAUUGAGGGUCUGCUGGUCACUUAUUGACUGAGGACACUUUUUAACUGGAGUGUCAGAGACAGACAGUCUCUACUGUCACUCUACUGUGUCUCUACUGGGUUUGAUCUCACGGCCAGAGGACAGAGAGGACAGAGAGUACAGAGAGUACAGAGAGGACAGAGGGGACACAGGAUGUUCUUCUACCAGUCUUGACUCUUUCUUCACUGCGACUGACUCCAUCUUUUCUUUCUCAUCCUAAACUUAAAUAGUUUUUCACUUCUUCUUACCUCAGCUGCUCAGCUCUCCUGACUCCGCCUGGACACCUGACAUGGAGGAGUCAUACUGCAGAGACACAGAGCUUUAAGUCUGGUCCACACACAACAGACGCCUCACAUACCAUCAGCUUUUUCCUCUGCAGAGAAUCAGAGCUGAGGCAGCAGACGAGGACAGAGGAGGACUGUUUUUUGGGACCUGAACUUUAAGAUUAAUAUCGGAACCAGAGACCGGCUCAGGGGCAUCUGCUUCAGCUGGCAGCUGCAGCAAUGGUUGAUGGGAAGCGGCGGAACGGCACGGUGCCACCUCUGGAUGGAGGAUGGGGCUGGGUGAUCGUCGGCUGCUGCUUCAUGGUGACGGUCUGCACACGGGCUGUAACCAGGUGUAUCUCUGUCUUCUUUGUGGAGUUUCAGUCUCAUUUUGAAGCUGACUAUGCAGCGACGGCGUGGAUCCACAGCCUGGUGGACUGCACCACCAUGCUCUGUGCUCCUGUGGGAAGCCUGGUUGGUAACCGUUGGUCCUGCCGGGUGGCUGUGAUGCUCGGCGGGCUCCUCUCCUCCUGUGGGCUCCUCCUCAGCUCCUUCACCACAAGCCUGGAGCUCCUCUACUUCACCAUGGGAAUCCUGACAGGUCUGGGCUUCGCUCUCUGUUACACUCCCGCCAUCUACAUGGUGGGCUGUUAUUUCCACCAACGGAAGGCACUGGCGUACGGCAUCGCAAUGUCUGGCAGUGGGAUUGGCACCUUCGUUCUGGCACCAGCGGUGCAGCUGCUCAUCGAGCUGUACUCGUGGAGGGGGGCGCUGCUCGUCCUCAGUGCCUUCGUAGCCAAUCUCUGUGUCUGCGGGGCGCUGCUCCGACCAAUCACAUUGCAGGAGGGUGGGGAGGAGGUGGACGGAGAGGAGGGGGAGUCAGUGGGGGAGGAGAAACCUGGUAACAUCUUGUCGCAGGACGCCGAGCUCGCUGUAAAACUUAAAGAAUCAGACGACAGCCUCAAGUCAUCGUCGCCUUCAUCUCUGCCCCUGCCCCUGCUGUCGGGAAACCCCGCCCCUAAGCUGCAAAGGAGGUGGUGCUUUAGCUUCUGCUUCCUGUCCAGUCAGGAGUACCGCUUUCUGCUGCUGCCGGACUUCCUGGGCCUGGCUGUGUCGUUCCUGUUCCUGGCCAGCGGCUGCAGCCUCCCCUUUGUCUACCUAGUGCCGUGCGCUCUGAACAGCGGCGUCAGCCACCAUCAGGCUGCCUUCCUCAUGUCCAUCCUGGGAGUGAUUGACAUCAUGGGGAACAUAACCUUCGGCUGGUUGACGGACAGGAGGUGUUUGAAGCCGCACCGUCUGGCGUGUUACAUCUUUGCGGUGGGGAUGGAGGGUCUCUGCUGCCUCUUCAUGCCGUUGCUCCGGUCCUUCCCACUCCUUGUGCCCUUUGCCGUCCUCUACGGUUACUUUGAUGGCGCCUACGUGGCACUGAUCCCUGUGGUGACAUCGGACGUGGUGGGAUCUCAGUACCUGUCCUCAGCACUGGGCGUCGUCUACUUCCUCCAUGCCAUCCCCUACCUCAUCAGCCCGCCAGUUGGAGGUUGGCUGGUUGACAUCACAGGAAGUUACACUGCCACCUUCUUCCUCAGCGGCACCGCUCUGCUGGCCAGCGCGAUCGUUCUUUUCACAGUUGCUGCAAUCCGUCGCUGCCACUCCACCGCUGCUGUAGUCGUCACCAAGGACAUGAAGCAUGAGCCCCUCCCUCUCCCCGACCCAUCAGACUGCUUUGUUGCCUUUGACAAGGAAGCGGUCAAUCAGGCUGUCAUCUCAUAACCUCAGAGGAAACAACCAAUCUGAUUCAUCGACACCACAGAUUGUGGUCUGGCCGAGGCAGGCUUCAAUCAAAUGCUUUACAGAAAGUGGAUUUAUUUAGAGUCUGCUGAAGGACAGAUUUCAAGUCAAGAAUCAACACUGACAAAUUUUAUAGGUGCUUCUUAAAGUCAAGGAACAAUCCUUACAUUUUAUGGAUGCCGCCAAAGGACUUUUCUGAUGUCUAAGAUCCUUUGAAUUCUACCAAGAAUCGAGUCCUUCUUUCAGACAAUUCUCAGGGAUGCCUGUAUCUAUCCUCAGGCUCUUAAAGCGCCCACAAUCCUCUGUGCACAAUGAGCCAGUCCUAUCGUCGGAAUUGGAAGCAAGGAAAACAUGCUGUAAACUUUCAGUUAAAUCUGCUUAGCAGUCCCACAGAAUCUGUCUCUGAACAAAUCUGAGGCGAGUAAUCUUCAUUCAUUACAUCUAGAAGGCCAGUUCAAAACUUUGUUCUGACUUUCAUAGGGCGAAGAAUGAGAGCAAAGUGUCGGUGCUGCUGACAGUUCUGUAUGCAGUUAUUAGUAACUUCGGUAAGGAUGGGCAUUUUAAGUAACUUCCAUACUAGAGUAUCUGCAUUACAUUAUGAUAGAGUACUUGAUUACUUGCAAAGACAAAAAAAUCUAAUGCAAGAAAUAUGAAUGUUAAUUGGCCAACAACGUAGUGCAAUCUGAAAUCCAUUUAUCGAGUGACCAGGCGCUAAUUUGCCUGUUAAGCCAUAAAUUCAAGUAAAAAAAAAAUCAACAAACUCUCCAGAGUCCAGAGCUGCUCUCCUCCUGGUGACUUCGACAGCUGCCAGGUUAGCACAAGCUUGCAUCCGACAUCGAGCUGUUUAAUGUCACCAAUCUCAAAACAUUACUUAAUGUUACGGCCCAGACACGCCAAACCCACUUGAGAGAAUCAACAUGGAUAAUGGCCCCCUGCUGUGUCGCCCGACAUCACUGCGUCUUGGACAAACAAGUUGCGCUUGAACACAACACAAAGACACAGCUGACGGCCAACCUGCAUGCACGUUCGGCGCCUGCAUGAGAGGAAAUAACUCUCCACAGCAGCAGGCAGUGGUCGUCUGUAUUCAUCAUUCAAAAAGGGAAACAGGACUACUGUCUUGAUGCUAGUUAGCCAGUUAGCACGUGUGCCAGUGAACAAUAACACAAACCGCAAGGAAAGGUUUCUGCUUAAGAGAAAAAUAAUCUGACCUUAUGGAACAAGUUGGUUUUGGUCUCACUCCCUCUGGACUUUAGCUCCUCCUUUACUCACUUCCUGUCUGUUCUCCUGUGCUGUGCUUAACUGCCAGUCAGAGUUGUUUCACUCACAGACGGGCUCCACCGACACUGAUUCUUUAACCCCUGAGCCAACAAGGGCCGAUGAGGGCCAAUGGUGUUAAACACACCACACUGACUAGGGCGACGGAUGCUCACCAACGGCCAACGAUCUGCUUGGUGUGUUAGGGCCUUAAGCCGUGUGAUGCUAACAAUUAGCAUCACAAGGCCAACAUGCCCCCCGGUGGAGAGCUCACACUCCUGCAGCAGUAAUCUCAUGUUAAACAAAGAGAGAGCGCCAACGGGGCAAAAAGGUGCCGCAGCUCUACAGUGAAAUAAGAUCUUACCUUUUAAAUAUUAAAAAAAAAGUCAUGUUCACACGUGGGAGGUUGGGCAAGGAUUACGUUGAAUGAUGUCCAAAUUAAGUACUCAUGCCCAUCCCUAAUUUUCAGCGUCUUAAAUUUGUCACCUUAAAUGUGUCCAAAACAAAACAUGUUAACGCCAUCAUAAAUUGCUAUUAAUUAGCGAGACAACGUAGGCUAACUGAAGCUCUCAUUGUAUAGGCCAAAUUUGUGAGUCAAAAUACUGUCACCAUCUUCAGACUAUUCAACGAAAUAGUUCAAGGGCACAAUUAGCAAUAUGGCGUCUAGUUCUUCUGCUGAUUCUGAAAUGAAAGCACAGGACUUUUUUGGUGAUGCUCACCUGCGCACUCAGUAAACUGUUCUCUGAAUAUGAGGAGAGAGGACCUGAUAUCGAAAGACUCGUCCUACCAAAGAAGCCUCCUUGACUUUGAGAAGCACCUUUUGUUUUUAAAGAGAAACCCAAAACUCCAACUUCCUGUCUGGAAGAAGUGCCUUUCAUUGUUUAUUUUUGUUUGUUUUUAUGCCUCGUCCUCAGAAAGAAGGUUUAACAGACUGAGUUUAACCCUGAACUCUGAACAAUGAAUCCUGAGAUGAUGUAUUCUGAUCUGAGGGCGACUUGAUGCUGCUUUUUAAUGUGAGGGCGAAAAAAUGCUAUUCACAGAAAUGACUGACGCACAAACUUUACAUAAUCUUGAGCAGGACCUUGAUUCUGACGCACAACAAACCUCUACUAAUUAAUGGGAUGCAAACAUUAGCCAGUGAGGGAACAGGCAACUCAAAGCGAGUCCUUUUUUCAGGAGGACUUGGUUUGUGCACAAAUAUGAAGUUAAAUAUGUUUGAGCCUGAGAGCUGAAACCCUUUAAAGAAACAUCUUUGUUUUCGAGUCGCUCACUGGUUGAAUGAAUGAACAGAAGCUCCACCAAACUCCAAAGCUAAAAAAUGGAUUUAGCGUUAAGUUAUUGUUUCAAGCAGCUUUAUUCAGGGAAAACAAAACACAGCAAUAACAGAUGUUUGUGUUUGAUGGCUGACUGAAAUGUGUUCACAUCAAUAAAUAUCAAAGACUGUCACGUAAUAUUACAGAGCUGAAACCAUUAGCCGAUUAAUCAGCUGACAAUCACCAUCUACUGUCAUAUUUUUGAUUAAUCGUUUUUCAUUGUUUGCAUGUUAACACUGUGAGGUCAUCGACAAAACAGAAGUUUGAUUCUUUUCAUUCUUCUUUUGGGGCCAAAACUGUUUCAGAUGUAAAUAUUACAUUUGAUGUCUGAAUUAUUCUGUUUUUACCUCUGUAUAAAUGGUUACUAUUGAAGGAAACAUCACAAACAUUUUAACAGUAUAUUAAUUUUUUUGUAAUUAAUUUCUGUUUGUUUGAACUGUAGCUGGACUUUUGGAAAUAUGCCAUGUUUCAGAUGUGCUAUUUAGCUUAGAUAUUUCGACACUGCCCUCUGUGUUGACUCAGGUUUGUUGGACUAUUUUCAAGUUUUUUUGUUUAGUUUGAAAAUGAUGCUUUAACAUAUCAUGUUCUGGACUCAGGACUGAAGAAGUGUGUUUGUCUCAUGGAGUCACACUAAUGUAAUGAUUAAGAAAUCACUAGUAACGCUAUGGAGUAUUUCUCAUGUGCCUCUGAAAAUGGCUGCAUGCCGACACCAUCACCAUCCAUCCAUCCAUCCAUCCAUCCAUCCAUCCAUCCGCUUAUCCGAAGCCAGGUCUUGGGGGCAGCAGGCUGAGCAAAGUACCCCAGACGUCCCUCUCCCCAGCAACACUUCCCAACUCCUCCAGGAGGACGCCGAGGCGUUCCCAAACCAGAUGAGAUAUAUAAUCCCUCUAGUGUGUUCUAGGUCUGCCCCGGGGCCUCCGACCAGCUGGACCAGGAGGAUCCUGAUCAGAUGUUGAACCACCUCAACACGAAGGAGCAGCGGCUCUACUCCGAGCUCCCUCCAGAUGUCUGACUCCUUCCCCUAUCUCUAAGGCUGAGCCCAGACACCCUGGAGGAAACUCAUUUCAGACGCUUGUAUCUGUGAUCUCAUUCUUUCAGUCACUACCCAGAGCUCAUGACAAUAGGUGAGGGUUGGGACGGAGAUUGACCAGUAUAUCAGCUCCCUCUGAACCACGAUGGUCCCCGAUCCAUCUCACACUCCAUUCUACCCUCACUCAUGAACAAGACCCAGAGGUACAUGAACCCCUUCCCUUGGAGCAGCACCUCACUCCCAACCAGGGUGUUUGAAAUGUUUCCGCCCCCUGACGUACAGAAACUACAGAGACUAAAAGACCAGGUCCAUGCAGGGACAGGAUGUGACUAGUCUGUCGGCAGAAGACAAAAACCUGAUGCAGCGGAAUGAUCGUCAGAUAUACAGGAAAUAAAACGAUGUCUCUACGUGUCAGACGUCAACACGAGUCUCAACAGUUCCAGACUUGUUUCCAUGAGUUUGUUACGACAGCAGCUAACCUGGUUUAUCCUCUCAGCGCACAAAAGCCACAGAGCAGCGACAGAAGCUGCUGCUCUUCAGUAGGAUAAUAACAUUUUACCUUAAAGUUCUUACAAACAUAAUUUCAUUAAAAAAAAUGAAGAGUUUUGUUUUCAUCUUUGUUGUUAAUGUUGAUGGAUUAAAGGGACGUUCAGUC